AUGACUCAUUUACAAGCUGGUCUCUCUCCUGAGACCCUGGAGAAAGCUCGCCUGGAGCUGAACGAGAACCCAGACACAUUGCACCAGGACAUCCAGGAGGUGAGGGAUAUGGUCAUCACCAGGCCGGACAUUGGCUUUCUGCGCACAGAUGAUGCCUUCAUCUUACGCUUCUUGCGGGCCAGGAAGUUUCAUCACUUUGAAGCUUUCCGCCUUCUGGCCCAGUACUUUGAGUACCGGCAGCAGAACCUGGACAUGUUCAAAAGCUUCAAGGCCACUGACCCUGGAAUCAAGCAGGCACUGAAAGAUGGCUUCCCUGGGGGCCUGGCCAACCUGGACCACUAUGGCAGGAAGAUUCUAGUCCUUUUUGCAGCCAACUGGGAUCAGAGCAGGUACACACUGGUGGAUAUUUUGCGUGCCAUCUUACUUUCUUUAGAAGCUAUGAUUGAAGAUCCUGAGCUUCAAGUGAAUGGAUUUGUUUUGAUCAUAGACUGGAGUAACUUCACCUUCAAGCAAGCCUCCAAACUUACACCAAGCAUGCUGCGACUGGCUAUUGAAGGCCUUCAGGAUAGUUUCCCAGCACGAUUUGGAGGAAUUCAUUUUGUCAACCAGCCAUGGUAUAUCCAUGCCCUGUAUACCGUGAUCCGGCCUUUCCUAAAGGAGAAGACUCGAAAAAGGAUAUUUUUGCAUGGUAACAACCUGAACAGUCUACACCAACUAAUUCAUCCUGAGAUCCUGCCUUCUGAGUUUGGAGGAAUGCUGCCCCCUUAUGAUAUGGGAACGUGGGCAAGAACACUGCUAGAUCACGAGUACGAUGAUGACAGUGAAUACAAUGUGGACUCCUACAGUAUGUCUGUAAAAGAGGUGGAAAAGGAACUCUCUCCCAAGUCCAUGAAGAGAUCCCAGUCGGUAGUGGAUCCUACAGUACUAAAACGCAUGGAUAAAAAUGAAGAAGAAAACAUGCAACCUUUGCUCUCUCUGGACUGA